AUGGCAGAUGGCAGACUGCGCAUUGAGCGACCAAUCUGUUCUUACAUGGUGACGGCUGCGAAUCCAACCACGGUAGAUCAUCGUGCCAAGGCAGCUCAACUGACCAGGAUAGUUCAAACUAACCGGGGAAGGUUUCUGGUUCCGAAAUGGAAGACCAGCAGCCAAAGUUACACAACACACAAAGAUUGCGACCAUCUGGCUGCGGGAGUCUCCACUCCGACGGGUAUCACAGCCGCUUACCUCAACGAAGGGGGACAGCCGAAGCUCCUCCCAGCAAAUGAGUUCCGGGCGCCGGUUGCGGCCAAUGACCGAGUCGCCCUCGCGAGCGUCGCAUUGCAAAUUAAUUUCUAUGACGAUGAUCCAGCAACUCUGCAGCAGUUGGACUCUGCACCAUCCCAGACACUGGAGUCAUCCGCGGCUGUUUAG